CACUGAUGGGUGACAUUGAAAGGCAGCUCAGAUGGGCACUGAUAUGUGGCAUUGAUGUGCACUGGUAGACACUGAUAUGUGGCAUUGAUGUGGCACUGAUGGGCACUGGCACUGAUGAGCACUGACUCCUGGCACUGAUGGACACUGACAAGUGGCACUUCUGGGGCCACACUGAUCAUCAGGGCACACUGAUCAUCACUGUCAGCCUGACAGCUCGAGAGGAGAGAAAUGCCGAUAACCGGCAUUUCCGUGUUUACAUGUGAUCAGCUGUGAUUGGACACAGCUGA